AAACAUAACCUAAUAUAUCACAACAAGUGUCAGUUUUCUAACCUCUUUAGUGAGGAUUUAAAGUUUUUCUGAAUUUUUAUAUUAAUAUUAUUUAAAAAAAUGUUUAAUUUGAGACGUUUAGAAACUAUAUCUUUACCCAGUAAAGCCGAAAAUGCAUAUUCAUUAGAUAUUUCAGGAACUGGUAGUAUCGCAAUAGCAACAUCAUCUUGUUUGGUUAUUUAUCAAAUAAUUCCUAAUAAAGAGUGCACAUUAAAAGGAUUAUGUUGUAAAAAAUAUUUAAUACAACCAUCUGGGUAUGUUUUAAAAGAAAGUUUAGGAAUAAACAUAGAAGAAUUUUUAUUUGAUUUACCACAACAAAAAUACAACGAAUGUAUUCUUAAUGCUGAAUUAACUCCUGAUUUAGAAAUAGUUCAACGUUAUGUUUCACGAUUUGUAAAGUGUUUUUGGUCUCCACCUCAUUGUGAUAAAAAUUAUGAUUGUGUGUUAGCUACUAUAACUAAUAAUGGUAUAGUUGAAGUUUAUGUUAAACAUUGUUUGGAUAAUUAUUAUUAUGAAUAUAAAUUAAUUUAUAAUGUUACUAAAUUGUAUAUUGAUAUAUUAAGAAGUAAAUGGGGUGAUGUUAAAAAUAAAAGUGCUACACAAAAAUUAAAUGAGUUAAUGUGUAGAGUAAAUCAGGUCAAAGUAAAAUGUUUAACUUGGAGCAAAAAGUUUGAUGGUUACUUUUUAUUAAUUUUGGGACAUUUAUCUGGAAAAAUAACGUUUUGGAAACUUUAUUUAGGCGAUUCUUUGGAAGUAAAAAUAGAAUAUUUCUUUGAAUAUAAAACAGAUUUUAAGGAAAUUAAUUGUUUAACUGUUGAUAAUUUCAAUAAAAAUGACGGGCUUUUAUUUGUUGGUGAUACAGAAGGUUCUGUUAUAACUUUAAAAAUAAAUCUAAGUUCAGAAUCAAAAAUUAAAAAAAGUAACCUGGAAAUUAACAAGGAUGGAGUUAAAAUUCAAUCUAUUAAUUUAAUAAACUCUAACAUUGGCGAUUUUAUUAUUUUGGUUAAAGCAACAACUUUAAUUAUCAUAUCUUGUGACAAACAUGAAUCAUACCAAUUUGAAUGUAAUAAUAUUGAAAUAUUAGAUAUAAUCAUUUUGGAUAACACAGUUUUAAUUUUAACAAAAACUGGAGUGGUAAAAGAAGUCGUUUUAAGUAAUACAACAAAAGGAAUUGACAUAAAAUGGAGACAUUUUUAUGUGGAUAUAAAUAAUUAUAUGAGAUCUCCCAUUGGAAUGGUUGCAUCAAAAAAUGGUGCUUUAGUUUUUGUGUUAACUAAAUUUUGCAAACCAAAACAAUCAAAGUUACAAAUUGAUUCAAUAGAUUUAAACGUUUUUGGUAAUAAUGAAAAUAAAUGUUUAGAAAAAUUGUUAAAGAAUCCUUCAAAAAAUUUAAAUUAUAUGUGGGAUUAUUUAGAGCUUUACAGGUGUAGUGUACUUCAGACAAAAAUUCCGCAUUUAGAUACAUUCCAACAACAGAACUAUGACAAAUAUGACUUAUACACCUUAAAACUUCUCUUCUUCAUCUCAAAAAUAUGCGAUUCUGUUGCAGAAAAUCUUAAAGAAAUACUCCCAAUAAAAUCCCACAAAGAAAUUGCUUCAAUACUCCAAUUAAAAUUAAUGCUUAUUCGAGCCCAAUAUCUUUUAAAUCUUCAAAAAACAUCUCAACUUUCAAAAUUUUAUCUUCAAAAUUUAUUAAUCUUAAGCAAUUACAUCAAACAAGUAAUUAUGGAAGAAAAUAAAUCACUUGAUUUAAGUGAUUCAACUGUAAAUGUUAUGGUUGAUGUCAUUCAAAAAGUGAAGGUGACUAAUUUUGACAAUCUUAAUUCAAAUUGUGUAACUUGUGGAGAAAUAUUAGAUGAUAUUACGUGUAUGCCACCACAUUUUGAUACUAGAUGUUGUGUUUCUUUAAUGCAAAUUGAUGGAGUUGUUAAUUUUAAAUGUUCAGUAUGUAAAUCUGUUGUUCAUAAUGAAAUUAGUAAUGAAAUGAAAGUUGUUGUAUGUCCGUUUUGUGAUAUUCCGAUGCUUAAAAGAAGAGAAGAUAAUAAAGUUGAUUAACCAAACAA